ACAUGUUCAAACCGACGAGGAUGAUCCCGCUGUUUGGUGCCGCCACGUUCGACCUCGUUCAGAGCCCCAGCUGGUGAUGUCAGGGGUGUGCUGCCCCGACUGAGCGACUGCUUUGGUUCAUGGCUACCGGUGACAAAGGUGGGGAGGCGCUUGUGAAGAGGCCGAGCGCUUGUGGAGGGCUGCAAACCUUUGCGCUAGUGGAUGCUGAGUUUUUUCCCAGGACGUGGCCCGCGACUAUCAUCGUGCCCCAAUUGAUGCUUGCUGUGGGACCUCCCAUGGUGCCUUGGGAACGAGUCCGAUUCAGCCUGUCAAGCGCCCAGCUCAUGACCCCCGCCCGACCCCCACUCCAACUAGUUUUCCGCCCUGUCAAGCUCUGUUUCUGGAGGUGGGACCUUGCUGGGAACGCUGAUCUUGGUUGCCUCACCAAGCUUCAAGACAUCCCAUAA